AAUAAGUGUAGGGAGUAAACUUGCAAAAGCUGCAGCUUGCUCAGUGUGCUUUGGAGAUAACUUUGCCUCUCUGCAAACCUUCACCAUGGUUGACGCCUUCUGCGCCUCUUGGAAACUGGUUGACAGUGAGAACUUUGAUGACUACAUGAAAGCACUUGGUGUGGGCUUUGCCACUAGGCAGGUCGGUAAUGUGACCAAGCCGACUGUGAUCAUCAGCCAGGAGGGAGACAAGCUGGCGAUCCGCACCCAGAGCACCUUCAAAAACACGGAGAUCUCCUUCACGCUGGGAGAGGAAUUUGAUGAAACCACUGUUGAUGACAGGAACUGCAAGUCCACAGUGACUCUGGAGGGGGACAAGUUGGUCCACGUCCAGAAGUGGGACGGAAAAGAGACCAAGAUUGUCCGAGAGAUCAAGGACGACAAGAUGGUCAUAAAUUUGACUUUUGAAGACGUCCAUUCUGUCCGUACCUACGAGAAGGCAUGAGUGCUCUAACAGACAGCAUCCUGAACCGGCAAUAACUGAUGAUUUUGGGAUUAUUGUGGAUUGUAUGCUUCUCUUUGCACUUCAUCUUCUUCCACAUGUACAAGGCCUGCAAGCUGCACAUGUUUUGUAAGAUUUUUUUUAUAUGAAUACUUUUCUGUCAUGAUGGACGGAUCGCUUUGAAAACCUGUGUGAAACAUGAAAUAAAAAAAGAAAAAACGCA